AUGGAUUCAGAAAACUCUUCUUCAGAAGAGUCCUCUCUCAAUGGCUUGAAAUUUGGCCAACGUAUCUAUUUUGAGGAUACAUCUCUUGCAAACUCCUCCACUGCUAAUGCUAAUGCUAAUGUUUCUUCUGGUUCUAGUGGCUCUAAGAAAGGAAGAGGUGGUUCAGUUCAACACUCUCAACCUCCUAGGUGUCAAGUUGAAGGUUGUAAAGUAGAUCUGAGUGAUGCUAAAGCUUACUAUUCAAGACACAAAGUUUGUAGCAUGCACUCUAAAUCACCUACUGUUACUGUUUCUGGUCUACAACAAAGGUUUUGUCAACAGUGUAGCAGAUUUCACCAGCUUGCUGAGUUUGAUCAAGGAAAAAGAAGUUGCCGCAGACGACUAGCUGGUCAUAAUGAGCGUCGCAGAAAGCCCCCACCCAGUUCUCUCUUAACCUCACAUUUUACGCCAUUUUCUUCAUCUGUUUUUGAUAACAGCGGCGGAGGUGGCAGCUUCCUGAUGGAAUUUGCUCCACACCCGAAACUCAGUCUGAGGAAUUCACUUCCAUCAUCUGGAAAUCAAACCACAACACUCGGUUGGCCUUGGCCGGGAAACUCAGAGUCGCCAUCUGACAACUUUUUCUUGGAAGGUUCGGUAGGUGGGACAAGCUUCCCUGGUGCCAGGCAUCCUUCUGAUGAAAGUUACACCGGAGUCACAGAUUCAAGCUGUGCUCUCUCUCUUCUGUCAAAUCAAACAUGGGGUUCUAGAAACACAGAACCAAGUCUUGGAUUGAAUAGCAUGCUGAAUUUCAAUGAGACACCCAUGACACAACUUGCUACAUCUUCUCAUGGUGUAGCCAUGCAUCAACUUCCAAACACUUCAUGUUAUUUCAAGGACAUUGAUGCUAGUAACAUUUCACACGAGGCUGUCCCCGAUCUUGGUCCUGGUCAUACGUCACAGCCUCUCGAUAGCCAACUUCAUGGUGAUCUUGAUCUGUCGCAGCAAGGAAGGAGGCAUUAUAUGGAUGUAGAACACUCCAGGGCCUAUGAAUCUUCUCAAUGGUCACUGUAA